AUGUACAGCACCCCAACCCCUCCCCGACGUCCAUCCUGUUAUGAUACAGGCUGUCAGUUUUCGGCAGAGGAGUCUUUGCCUUUCCUUCAUUUUAUUCUCGUUCCCAUCAUCACCAUAUCUAAUUAUUAUUCAUUCUUUUUUUUCUCUCUACCUCUUUUCUUUUUCUAUCUUUUUCCUUCUCAUUCUUUCCUCUCUCUCUCUCUCUUCCUUUCUCAUUCUUUUUCUCUCUCUCUCUCUCUUCCUUUCUCUCUUUUUGAUCUCUUUUCUUCAUCCUUUCUUUCUGUCUCUCUUUUUUUUCUACGCUCUUUUCUUUCUCUUUCUUUUUCUCUCUCUCUCUCUUCCUUUCUCAUUCUUUCUAUCUCUCUCUCUCUCUCUCUCUUCCUUUCUCUCUUUUUGAUCUCUUUUCUUCAUCCUUUCUUACUGUCUCUCUUUUUUUCUACGCUCUUUUCUUUCUUUUUCUUUUCUCUCUCUCUCUUCCUUUCUCAUUCUUUAUCUAUCUCUCUCUCUCUCUCUCUCUUCCUUUCUCUCUUUUUGAUCUCUUUUCUUCAUCCUUUCUUUCUGUCUCUCUUCUUUUUCUACGCUCUUUUCUUUCUCUUUCUCAUACUUUCUUCUUUCUCAUUGUUUUAUUUCAAAAUCAUUAUCCGAUUUAGACUCCCAGGCGACGACUUCUCAGUGGUAGCAUAA